AAAUUAUCGCUCUUGGAAUGGCAGCCACAAUUGCAGUUGCUACCACUCUUGUUGCCUCCUUGACUGAUGAUCUGACUAAUGCACAAACGAAAUGUUCUCAAGCGACUGUCAAGCGUGACAACGCCCUCACGGUACAUCAGACAGCACAAGCAAAGAAAGUGCAAGCCCACGCAACUCUUGAUGAACAGAAGGGAAUAUUGCAAACGGUCACAGAGACGUGGGAACGGCAGGUAGAAGUGACGGAUGCGGCUAAACAAGCAGUUGAACGUCAAACGAAUGUCGUCCAGACAGCAACUACCAAUCAUGCUAAUGUUGAACGGCAACUAGCCAAAGCGAAACAGCAACAGAUAGCGAAAACCAAGGAAGUAUACGAAGCCGAAACUCAACUGAACAAACAAACGGCACAAGUGGAACAGUUGAGGAUCGAAGUAGUUAAUCUGCAGGAAAGGCAGAAACAAACUCAACAAGCAUUUACCAGAGCAGAGGAAGUAGUGAGAGAAGCUAACAUAAGACGUGAGAGGGCUGGCAUAAAUGUCGAGACAUUGAACACGCAACUUACAGCCAAACAACAAGCUAUUCAAACGACAGAAAAGGCAGUUGAUCAGAAACAACAACAAGUCCGAGCAAUACAGGCUGAGCAUGCCAUCAAGCGAGAGAAUGCACAAGUAGCCACAAAUAAGGUGAAUAUAAUCCAGCAAGAUCUGGACUUGGCAGGCAAAACUAAAGAAGACUUAGACAAACAGAUUAAAGCACAAACUGACAAGCUUGAAAUCGAACGCAAAAAAAGCGAAGAUUUCAAAACGGAACAUCAACAACUCAAAGGAAGACUUAAUGUGGCAAAGCAGCAACAAGAACAACUUGGAAAACAAAUUCAAAAUUUCAAAAAUGAACUGAAUACUCAAAAUGAAGCGAUGAUGGAAAAAGGAAUUGGAGUAGACAGAGUCGUAGCUGCUCUGGAAAUUAAGAAACAUCAGAGAACUCAAAUCGAAAUACAACGCAAUGAAUGUGUUGCUCAUGAUCAACGGGUGCAAACACAAAUUUCUGAUCAUGUAAAAGCUUUACAAGAAAACAAAACGCAUAUGGAUCAGGCGGAACAGAAUAAGCGUCAACAAGAAGGCGCCAAACUGGUAGUCGAAAAUCGAACAACAGAAACCCAGCAACAUCUCGAUCAAAGUCGCAAUCGAUUUCAGCAAGUGACCAAUAGUAUUGAUGUGACGGAAACGGAUUAUAAUGAAAAACGUAGUCGACAUACCCAACUUACUACUGAUGUUGAACAACGUCAAAAGAUGAAGGAAAGUUUGGAGAGCCGUACUCAAGACAUACACAAUGAAUGGGUAUCUAAGCAACUAUGGAUUACAAGUGCCACCAAAAAUGUCAUUGAAUUGCGCGAAAAUAUCGGUAAUAUUAAAUUA